CUCAUUUUUCGCUUUUACGCACAUUUGACUUUUUCUUUUUAACCUCAGUGGAGCAGUUUGCUCUCUUUUCUCCAAAUAGUGGACAUUUAUUUGCUGCUAAUUUAGUGCGGCAUGAUGAACUUUUACCGAAAGAGAAUUUCUGUGAAAUAGUGUUUGGUGAACUUUCCUCUAAGAUCGAUUAAAGCUGUUAAAUCUGUUUUAUAAUGAUUUGAACUCGCAGAAACGUUUUGUCUGGCCUGCUGAUUGGGUUUCCAGACAGUGAACAAACGAACUUUCUCCAGUUCAGUUCAGGUUUUCCAUCUCUGCUCUGCGUCGCUGUGCCAAAAACACAGCUGGAACUUUUCCACAGAACAGUUUAUAUAAUAGUUCUGAUUUCACAGCAGGUCAGUCCUCUGUCUCAACACGGAUUUACGCAAGUUAAACAAACUUUAAUCAUUAGAUGCGGUUGUGUCUGAAAUAUAUUAAAGAUGUAACGUUUCUUAUUGACACUGUUUUUAACGAAGAAGAAUCAUUUAAAGAACAGAAUGUGGGUUUGCGGCUCUGAGGUUACUUGGGGCUGUAAAGACUUUGGUGCCAAGAAUAUUUCCGCAAUUCUGUGGAAUAAUGUCGUUGCUGUGACCUCUGAUGUGAUAGCAAAGAGUUGAAGAGCAGCCAGUGAGAAAACAUUCCUCCGAGGAUCAGAGAGCAGUCCCUGCAGGAGGCGUCUGCUGUGACAGCUGUUUGGCUCCUGCCUGCUGCAGGACUCUGCAGGACUCUGCAGGUCUCCACCAGACCUGUUCACACAUCAAAGAUGAAGGGAGGCAGUCAACAUUUCAUGAUUGUUUUUCCUUUUAAUGUCUCUUGUUAUAUGAGACCAUUGUGGGGAAUCUUUUAUUUUUAUAUAAUUCGUGGAUUUGAUUCAGAUCAGACUUUAUUGAUCUCGAUCUGUUUGCAGUUUACCCUGUCCACACACAGGACAACCUCACAGGCAAGUAGUUCAAUUUCAGAGGUGCAGUUCAACACACAUUCAUAGGGCAAUACAAGUAACAAUGAUCAACAACAUUUGUUAUUGUUCAUAUAAAUAACUGACUUUAAAACAAAAGUAAUUUAAAAUGACAGGUGUUAACUGGAUUAACCGAAAACACACGCUUCUGUCCAGUUAUUUUACUUCCUCAGUUUAUCUCAAAUCUAGUUUUCAGAAAACGUACAAUUUUACAACAUAUAUCGAUCCUUGAAAAUAAAAAUACACACUAAUCUCUAUCUUCCACUCCUAAAUCAGUGUUCUCAGCUCGCUGUCUUCAUUAACUGUCUUUUAAAAUGUCUUUUUUUAAUGACUUGAGAUUUUCUAAGAAGGUGGUGGAAAGAAAAGAUCAGCAUCUCAGUGAAAGUCAGGAGGAAGAAACUGCAGCCUCUGAGCUUUUUGGACGACAGCAUCUGGAUUUCCCAUCAGGCAUGGAUGAAGCGAACAACUUUCCUGCUGGUGUUUGGAGUCGUGCUGAGCUUCUGUCAGGCUCAGUCGGAGACGGGAGGCGAGGAGGCGGGUGGGGAGGAGGAACAUGUGGAGCUCUUCACCACACCGACGACUAAGAUGGGUGCCGCCACCUCGGACUUCGGCUACAACCUGUUCCGCGCUCUGGCGAGCCGCGAAGCUGCAGGCAACGUCUUCCUGGCCCCAAUCACUGUGUCUGCGGCGCUCACGCAGCUCUCCAUGGGUGAAGACACAAACACACAAACUCAAUCCAAACUGGUGCUUUGGUUUUGACCGCCAUGGAGGGUCUGAGCGUGCUCAAAGUCAGCUGUUCAGGGCUCUGAGGUACCACACCCUGCAGGACCCGCAGCUUCACGACACCCUGAAAGCCCUGCUGGCCUCGGUCAGGGCGCCCGGGAAGGGCCUGAGCACUGCCGCACGCAUCUACCUGGCAAGACGACUUCGUCUCAAGCAGGACUUCUUUCCGCUGGUGGAGCAGCAGUACGGAGUUCGGCCCAAACCACUACUGGGAGGAACCAAAGAUCUUACCGAAAUCAACGACUGGGUGGCUCAGGAGACGGGCGGGAAGGUACAGCGUUUCCUUUCCAAAGCUCUCCCCCGAAACUCUGGAGUGAACACUGUGAGUGCUGCCUACUUUAAAGGGAAGUGGGUGACACGGUUUGGUCAGAGUGGAGCAAUGGAGAACUUCCAAGUGGACGGUGGGGCACCUGUUCUCAUUCCCAUGAUGCAACAGGAUAACUACCCCCUGAAGAUGGGUGCCGACUCCGAUUUGAGCUGCACGAUCGCUCAGAUCCAGAUGCAGGACGACGUCAGCAUGUUCAUCUUCCUGCCCGAUGAGGUGACCUCCAACAUGACGCUGCUGGAGGAGAGUCUGACUGCCGAGUUCGUCCAGGACCUCUCCAUGACGCUCCUUCCUGCUCAGGUGUCCCUCACUCUGCCAACGCUGAGGCUCAGCUACUCCACAGACCUGCUGCCGCUGCUCAGUGAUCUGGGUCUCUCUGAUUGGCUAGCGGACCCAGACCUGGAGAAGAUCUCGGUUCAGCCCUCCAAGCUCAGCAGCGUCAAUCACAAGGUCGUCAUGGAGACGGCACCUGAGGGGAACCAGUACCCCAGCGCCACUUCAACGCCAUCCCACCUGUCCUACCGAGUGGACCGGCCCUUCCUCUACCUGAUCCGGGACGAAGCGUCGGGGGCGCUGCUCUUCAUCGGCAGGGUGGUCAACCCGAAGACCCUGACGAUAUAACACGCACACACACACUCUUAGCAGGUCCUAGGAGGGAUUUCAGGUGUUUGCUCUGCGUUUGUGGAGGCAGAUAUUUGCGAGGAUGUUUGAUUUCACAUGAUUUUGUACUUUUCACGUUGAAACAUGUUAAUCUGACAGGAAACUCAAACACACAGACAAAACUCUGAGCUCACCGAGGGAUUGGUAAAUAAAUAUUGUCAUUUGUAUAAAACGAAAUAAACACGACAAUGAAACAAAACA